AUGAUUAGUGAGGCGCAUUCAGAUGCCCAUCAGAUGCUGCGUAGCUACCCAGGCAACACGAACAAGGCCAAAGCUGCGGAAGUCAAGACCUAUGGCAUUGAUCAUCCCGCAUCGACCGGUGUUAUCUAUGUGAUGGAUCGUGCUAUGCAGAAUGGGUUUACAUAUGGCGACUCGUCUUGGGCUAACUUUGGUCAGGGUGCACCUGAAGUUGGCCACAUUGACGGUUGCGCGGAUAAACCCACGUCAGUAGACCUUCCCGAAGCUUCAUACGAGUAUGCUCCUACAGCUGGUAUCACCGAACUUCGUUCGGCCGUGGCCAAUCUUUACAACGAAAUCUAUCGAACUGAUAAGGAGUCCCAGUACACAUAUGAGAAUGUAUGCAUUGUGCCAGGUGGUCGUGCAGGCCUGACGCGUGUUGCUGCGGCCAUCGAUGAUAUCAACGUUGGCUAUUUUCUACCCGAGUAUACCGCUUAUGAGUCCAUGUUAUCAGUGUUCAAGCGAUUCGUGCCUAUCCCUACUACCUUGGAAGCAGAGACACGCUACCACAUCGAUCCAUCCACAAUCCGUAAAGAAAUCACCAACCGUGGUCUAGGACUUAUUGUUGCUUCUAACCCCAGAAACCCCACGGGUCAACUUAUUGAGACGGAAGAACUUCAAGAAUUGGUCACCAUCUCUCGCGAGCGUCACGCGACUCUUGUCAUGGACGAGUUCUAUUCAGCAUAUAUUUAUUCUCAUGACGAGGCGGAGAAUGGUAGAACAGUUAGUAUCGCCGAAUACGUUGAAGAUGUCAACAACGAUCCCAUUAUCAUCAUUGAUGGACUAACGAAAAACUUCCGGCUUCCUGGCUGGCGUAUCUGCUGGAUCGUCGGCCCUAAGGAUGUGAUUUCGUCAAUGCAGAGCUGUGGUUCCUUCCUUGAAGGUGGUGCGAACCAUCCUCUCCAACUCGCAGCAAUCCCGUUGCUUGAUCCUGAUGUUUACAAAAAUGAAGCAAAGCAUCUUCAACAGCACUUUAGAGCCAAGCGCGACUUUGUCCUCGGUCGCCUUGAAGAACUUGGACUUAAGGUCAAGGUCCCCCCUGUCGCCACUUUCUAUAUCUGGCUAGACCUGACAGCUCUGCCAUCUCCCAUUGAUAUCGGUCUCACCUUCUUUGAAGAAUGCUUGAAGGAGAAAGUUAUUGUGGUUCCUGGUAUCUUUUUUGAUGUCAACCCUGCUCAACGUCGUGAACUCUUUGAAUCACCAUGCCAUCAUUUUGUGAGACUCAGUUUUGGUCCGCCUAUGGAGGAGCUAGCCAAGGGUCUUGACGCCAUUGAACGGGGUAUGUAUUUGUGA